GUCAGUACAUAUCCUCAAGUGUGCAUAAACGGUGUGUGUAUAUUUUUUUUUUUCAUAAUGAAAGAAAAAUUAAUGGAAGCCGGCUUGGAACACUUAAUUCCAGUGUUUGAAGAAGAAAGAAUAGGAUUCGAAGAAUUGCGAUCCCUUAUCUCGGAUAGUAAUGAGUAUAAAAAGCUUUUUCCUCGGUAUGGUGACCGAAUAAAAUUAAAUAGAUUAGCUGAAAACGUCCACACCAAAGACAAUCCUAUCCAAGAUUCCUAUGAAGUGCUUUUGGAUAUUCCUCUAAUUGAGACGUUAAACGAAGAAAACUCGUAUCCAAUUCCCGAGCUGCCCGAGAUAAUAAAAGAAAAAGAAGUGGCGUGUGAACCUCCAACCAAAAAAAGAAAGGAAGUAUUUAAUUUGAAUGAAUUACUGAAUUCUUGUAGAACGCGACAAGCGAUUUUAGCAUUGUACAAUUGUAAAAAAGAAUUAGACAGUGCGUGUCAAUCAUAUUUGGUUGACAUAAUUGUACAUUUUCUAAAUAUCGAGCCAUUUCGGUAUGUAUAUAAAGAAAUUAUAACCUCUUGAUUUAAUCAUAUGUUAUUAGAUUUUUAAGUACAUUAUCGAAUAAUUGUACAACUUUCUUUCAUUGUAUAAUUGAAAAUUCAACUUUUAAAUUAAAUUCUUUGGAUAGAUAUCAAUAUU